AUGAUUUCCGCAUCAGCUGUGAACCGUGCAAAGAUGUUGCUGAACCAUCUUCGUUCAUUAUCUACAUCUGCAACCUUAUCAAACAAGAUCAAAGUCAAGAAUCCAAUUGUUGAGAUGGACGGUGAUGAAAUGACAAGAAUCAUAUGGCACAAGAUCAAAGAGGAUUUGAUCCACCCUUAUUUGGACGUUGACUUGAAGUAUUACGACUUGGGAAUUGAGCACCGUGAUGCCACCAAUGAUCAAGUGACUGUUGAUGCUGCUCAUGCAAUCCAGAAAUACGGGGUUGGUGUCAAAUGUGCCACCAUUACACCUGAUGAAGCCAGAGUUAAGGAAUUUAAUUUAAAGAAAAUGUGGGUCUCCCCAAAUGGUACAAUUAGAAAUAUCUUGAAUGGUACUGUUUUCAGAGAAAGUAUUAUUAUUCCAAGUGUGCCUCGUUUUGUUCCCGGAUGGAAGAAGCCAAUCGUUAUUGGAAGACACGCAUUUGGUGACCAGUACAAGGCUACUGACUUGGUUAUUAAGGAACCGGGCACUUUGGAGUUGAGGUUUACUCCUGACAAUGGUGGAGAAACUCAAGUACAGAAGGUUUACCAAUACACCAGUCCUGGUGUUGGCUUGGCCAUGUACAACACCGAUGAAUCGAUUAAUGGUUUUGCUCAUGCAUCUUUCAGAAUGGCCUUGAGUAAAAACUUGCCAUUGUACAUGUCUACCAAGAACACUAUUUUAAAGAAGUACGAUGGUAGGUUCAAGGAUAUUUUCCAAGAGAUUUACGACAAGGAAUAUAAAGAUCAAUUUGAAAAGCAAGGAUUGUGGUAUGAGCAUAGAUUGAUCGAUGAUAUGGUUGCCCAAAUGAUCAAAUCACAAGGUGGUUUCGUUAUGGCUUUGAAGAAUUACGAUGGUGAUGUUCAAUCUGAUAUUGUUGCCCAAGGUUUCGGAUCCCUUGGUUUAAUGACGUCAGUCUUGGUCACACCCGAUGGAUCAGCCUUUGAAUCAGAAGCUGCUCACGGAACUGUCACUAGACAUUUCAGAUUAUACCAACAAGGUAAAGAAACAUCAACUAACUCCAUUGCGUCAAUUUAUGCUUGGACUAGAGGUCUUGCUCAAAGAGGAAGAUUGGACAACACUCCUGAAGUUGUUGAAUUUGCCAACAAGUUGGAGAAAUCCACCAUUGACACCGUUCAAAUUGAUGGAAUCAUGACUAAGGAUUUGGCCUUGACUAUGGGUAAGACCGAUAGAUCUAGUUAUGUAACCACCUUUGAAUUCUUGGAUGCUGUUGCAAAGAGAUUGAAACAAUAA